CCUGAUAAUAAUUAUUGCACAAGACUUUGAGAAACUCCUCAGAACCCGAGAAGCCGUGCAGUUCGCAAAGAUGGGAAUAAAAGCCGUGGCUUUAUUGUUCUCCAGCGCAUUCAUCGCCAUUGCUUACGCACAAACAGGCGUGUGCACAAGAGCUGAAGCUGUUACUACGAUUGGUUCAUAUUACAUUCAAACAUCAUAUUACUACACAUAUAGUUGCGGUAUAUUUGGCUGGUCACGUUGUGGCAGCACCAGUUACGGCUCUGCCCUGCAAUAUCGAUCUGAUACAUCUUAUAAUCUUGUUUAUGAGUGUUGUGCUGGCUACCAUGACCCAGCAGGAGGCAUUAGCUGUGAACCAUUUUGCGAGGACUGUGAUAGCAACCACACCUGUAUUGCACCAUACACAUGCAUCUGUCCCGAAGGCUGGACCGGAGACAAUUGUGACGAAGAUAUUGACGAAUGUUUCGAGGGAACAUCUAAUUGUGAGCAACUGUGUACCAACACUAAUGGAUCAUACUUUUGCACCUGUUAUGAUGACUUCAGUCUUGGAUUGGAUUCACAUAGCUGUCUCGGACCACCACAGAACGUAUCACUGAAUGCUAGCAGCUCUAUGACGUUGCACUUGGAUUGGGAGGGGCCACAGCUAGACGAAAGAGAUGGCAGUGUAACAAGUUAUGAAGUAAACUGCACAUCUAGCUUCGGAUACUAUCACCUUGUGUCUGUUGAUGUUGGACUACUGGAGUACGACCUUGUUAAUUUGGCUCCAUUUUCAAACUACACUUGUUGUGCUAGUGCUUUGACGACAAAUGGACACUCAAGCACUGUGUGUGCUACAGAAGAAACCUUGCAAGACAUACCAAGUGAUGUGCCACAAAACGUCACGGUCAACAACCACAGUGCCUAUGCUGUGAUCAUUGAAUGGGAACCUCCGCUCACCCCAAAUGGUAUCAUUACACUUUACACCAUUUACGCUGACUAUAACAAUGGCACAAGCCAAGAAAUUGAUGUCAAAGCAACGGAUAGGAUUUACAAGUUGAAUGGACUGUCUCCACAUCAGCUCAUCAGCAUCAAUAUUUCAGCCAGUACCGUUAUAGGGGAAGGGCCUCUUUCGUCAACAAUAUCAGAACGCACAAGUCAAGCAGUACCAUCGCAAGUGACAGAUUUUGAAGUUAGCGCACUAUCACCAAACGAACUUCUUGUGUCCUGGAGUCUUCCUGAAUAUCACAAUGGGAUUUUGACCAAAUAUAAAAUUGUUGUCUACAAUAAAGUUUACAACUACACAGUCUCCCUGUUUGUUCCAGAUACAUCCACAAACGUGACCGUAUCGGAUGGCAUUGAACCAUUUGUACCAUACACUGUGGUGGUCUCUGCUUUUACACAUGCCGGUGAAGGGAUUGCUCUGAGUCAAAUAAUAUUUUCAGAAGAGGGAGUUCCAUCGGUUGAACCAGAACUAAUCCUGUCUGAAAGAACAGAUGCCACCUCACUACAUCUGUUAUGGGAGGCUCUAUCACUGGAGGAACUAAGGGGUUUUCUAGACUCAUAUGUGGUAGUCUUUGAGGAAUUAAACACCUACCAGUGUUUGGAUUUGGAUCCUCUAACAAGCAAUCUGUUUUAGUCCAAGAGGUGUUCAUUACUAUUAGUGAUGGAUUAAUGCCUGGAAAGGAGUAUUGUGUGGAGGUAGCAGCAAAGACCAGUGCAGGUGCUGGCAUUUCCACCAAGAUCACCAUACCAUGACCACCACAGAACGUAUCACUGAAUGCUAGCAGCUCCAUGACGUUGCACUUGGAUUGGGAGGGGCCACAGCUAGACGAAAGAGAUGGCAGUGUAACAAGUUAUGAAGUAAACUGCACAUCUAGCUUCGGAUACUAUCACCUUGUGUCUGUUGAUGUUGGACUACUGGAGUACGACCUUGUUAAUUUGGCUCCAUUUUCAAACUACACUUGUUGUGCUAGUGCUUUGACGACAAAUGGAAACUCAAGCACUGUGUGUGCUACAGAAGAAACCUUGCAAGACAUACCAAGUGAUGUGCCACAAAACGUCACGGUCAACAACCACAGUGCCUAUGCUGUGAUCAUUGAAUGGGAACCUCCGCUCACCCCAAAUGGUAUCAUUACACUUUACACCAUUUACGCUGACUAUAACAAUGGCACAAGCCAAGAAAUUGAUGUCAAAGCAACGGAUAGGAUUUACAAGUUGAAUGGACUGUCUCCACAUCAGCUCAUCAGCAUCAAUAUUUCAGCCAGUACCGUUAUAGGGGAAGGGCCUCUUUCGUCAACAAUAUCAGAACGCACAAGUCAAGCAGAACCAUUUGUACCAUACACUGUGGUGGUCUCUGCUUUUACACAUGCCGGUGAAGGGAUUGCUCUGAGUCAAAUAAUAUUUUCAGAAGAGGGAGUUCCAUCGGUUGAACCAGAACUAAUCCUGUCUGAAAGAACAGAUGCCACCUCACUACAUCUGUUAUGGGAGGCUCUAUCACUGGAGGAACUAAGGGGUUUUCUAGACUCAUAUGUGGUAGUCUUUGAGGAAUUAAACACCUACCAGUGUUUGGAUUUGGAUCCUCUAACAAGUCAAUCUGUUUUAGUCCAAGAGGUGUUCAUUACUAUUAGUUAUGGAUUAAUGCCUGGAAAGGAGUAUUGUGUGGAGGUAGCAGCAGAGACCAGUGCAGGUGCUGGCAUUUCCACCAAGAUCACCAUACCAUGUGUUCAACUGAGUGUGGAUCAGUACUGUUCAGUAGAACUUACAGAGCUGGGAAAUGGUGACUGCAUCAGUACUACUGUACCUCCACCACCUGAAACAACAACAAAAACAACUGCUGAUAGCCUCAAUGUAACUGAACAAAGUGAAGCAUCAGCUCACGAGUCGGUUGAAGUUCCUGUUUUUGCACUUGGUGGCUCAGCUGGUGUCCUUGCACUCAUUAUAAUUAUUGUUAUAGUGGCCACGUUCUGUGUAGCAUUGAGAUGCACGAGGAGAAACAAAAAACACAUUGUACAACAACCACGAUCCCGCCUUCGAGACUCUUUUGAGAACGAUUGUGCAGCCGUAAUGGAGAACCCUCUGUAUGCUGGUGUCAAGGAGGAAAAGCUCAGGGGUCUACCCAGCUAUGAUGAGUUGGAAGAAAUGAGCAAUAAAUGUAACUGAUGAGAGAUGCUCUCCAUAAAGUGACAAUAUUACUGUAGUGUUAUACUGUAUACAGAGUCACUAAAGUAGAGUAGUUGGUAACGUUAAGAAUAAAAAUGUGUUAAUGUGUUACGUUCUGGUUCAUAGUUAAGCAUUCUGCUGCAAUCUGUGAAUGUUGCUAUACUUUAUGACCUCCUUUUUG